GCGUUUUUGACGGGUAUGAAAUGUUUGUCUUUUGUCUAGAUGACAUUGACAAUAUUUUUUUUUACGUGUUGGCGGCCAAUGUCCAAUGAAAAUGUAAAAAUGAGAUAUUGGCAAGAAAGAAAAAAUGUCAGUGUCAGCAAAACAAAAAUAAUGUUUGUAAACUUCUAACCUCAAAUCAUAUAUAUGUAAUUUUAUAAUUCAAAAUGCCGCUUGAUUACAGAAGAUUCAAUGGACCAGAGGACAGUGUCUCUUAUAAACUUUAUACAAAGGAGUAUUUGAAGACAUAUGAUGAAGCAUUUAAAGAAUUAAUUAAUGAAAAAGGAAUCCGCACCGAUGGGCGCGCACUGGAAGAAGCCCGGAGCAUGUGUAUGUUUUUUGCAAGAACAGAUAUGGUGUCACAAGCAAAAGGUUCUUCAUAUGUGGAAAUGAAAAGAACCAAAGUCAUAUGUUCAGUUUUUGAUCCCCGAGAGAUUCCACACCAGAAUGAAUUCAGCCAGUUAGGUCAGAUAUUCUGUGAAGUGAAAUUCGCACCAUUCUCCUGUCCUCGUAAACGUCGUCCGCACGCCCCGGAUGCUGAAGAGAGAGCCCUGUCAGUGUCUUUGAGACAAGCACUGGAGCCUACCGUCUGUAGACAUCUGUUCCCUAAUUACCAGAUUGAUGUAUUUAUCUAUAUUCUAGAACAUGAUGGCUCAUGUUUAGCAGCAGCUAUAAAUGCAGCUGGUCUAGCCUUAGCCGAUGCUGCAGUCCCAAUGUAUGAUAUCAUCACGGCUUGCUCGGUGGCAAUUGUUGAUGAUAAACUAUUUGUAGACCCAACAGAAGCCGAAGAACAUAUAGCAAUCACCAGCCCAGAGACAAGUGGUAUCAAUCAUGGAGUUGUUACAUUGUCCAUGCUUUCAGGACUCAAACAAGUGUCAGAUUUUACACAAAUAGGUUCUAUGGAUGUUGAUUGUGUUAUGAAAGUGACAGAUUUGUUGGAGGUGGAAUGUGAGAAAAUUGUACCGAACAUUCAAAAAGUGUUAGUUCAGAAUGUAGUGCAAAAUCUGCAACAGCAGGAAGUGUUAGAAGCAGAGGCAAAGGAGAGAGAACAAAUGCUGAAUGCAAAGCUUGAGGAAUGGAAAGCAUUAUUGAAUGCUGGAUGAUGAAUUUUGUUUCAUCUAGAAUCUAGAAUUUUACAAUAAGUGCAAAUAAAUUUAUGAUAUUUUUACUA